CUGAAAGGGAGAGACAUUGUGCCAUUUGCCCUACAAUUUUAUAUAGUCUAGGAGUGUGUGAAAAGCAUUCCUUAGUUAUAAUGUUUGUUAUUUGCGAUAUCUGUCAGUGUGAAAUUUCGUCAGCUGACCUGUAUGACUACCAUAUCAAUGGUAAGCGUCAUCAGAUUCAGCUCCGACGUUACCAGACCAGGAGAGAUGAGGCCAUGCGAAGUGUGUAUGUCCGGGGAUUUCCACCUGCCACACAGGAACAUGAGCUGCUCGCUUAUUUCUCAAUGUUUGGACCAGUGGGAAAAAUUAUCUAUGAUGAAAAAAAAUCUGCCAAGACGAAAGUACCAGCCUUUGCAAUUGUGGAAUUUGUGUCACCUGAUACAGUUAAAACCGUUACUAUUUAUGGACAACAUGUCAUAAACAGCCAACACAUAGAAAUCAGACCCCGUUCAUUUAAAGAGCUGCGAACAGAACCUUAUUUCCCAUGGCAGCGUCAAGAGAACAACAAAGACAUGCCAUGGAAUAGGUACCAAAACAAUUUUGAAAAAUUAGCUGCCAAGAACAUACAGAUGGGUCCAUAUGAGAGUUACAAUACUUAUCAGCCCAAAGGGAAGAAAGCCAAGGGUCCUAAACCAGUCAAGCAGGGUAGAGCCAAGGACUCUGAGGGUCAGGACAUUAUCCCUAUACAGUUGGAGGAGUUCAGGAGUUACCUAACAGAACAUCAGUGUGUGGGGAUACAGACCCAGAUGAUGCUGUUAGUAGAACUAACACAAGUGACAGCUCUAGAGUUCCAGUACCGCUAUACAAUUUGUAAAACUCUCGAGGACGCUCUCACACCAUUCUUCCCAGGGAUGACGGUAAAUCAGUUUGGGUCAUCUGUGAAUGGGUUUGGAAUAAAAGGCUGCGACAUGGACAUCUUCAUUGACCUGAGUAAACUAGGAAUUCCAUGUAGAACGGGGAAUGUGACCUUACCCUUCGUAAAAGAUCUUUACACCCUGAAGAAGAAAGCUAAAGCCCCUCUCACUCAGUCGGAUGUGGAUGGUAUGAGGAACAUGGACAAGUUGAAGCUGAUCCAGCGUAUUCUUACUGAGCACGCUCCCACCUGUAUGGAAUCCCAGAUUGUACCAAGUCAGCGAUGUCCCAUUUUACGCUUCACUGAUUACAACUCCCAAAUCAAGUGCGAUCUCUCCAUUAACAACAAAUUGGCCCUACAAAACACUCGGUUACUCCAGACCUUCAGUUUGUAUGAUGCAAGGAUCAAACCCCUGGUCUAUACCAUCAGGUAUUGGGCCAAGGUCAAGGACAUUGCUGGGAAUCCCAAGGCUUCCAACAGAUUGUCCUCAUAUGCCCUGACUAUGCUGGUCAUUUACUACCUGAUGAAUACCACACCCCCUGUGCUACCCCCAGUGGAAGAACUUGCCCGAAUGUGUGGUAGAGAAAGAACUAUCAUUGACCAGUGGGAUUGUUCAUUCGUGUCAGCUCAGUUUAUGCCCCCCACUACCAACAUACAAACCAUAGAGGAGUUGUUACAUGGGUUCUUUCAAUACUUUGGUAAUUUUGACUUCCUGUCAAACCCUAUGUCUGUGAGGACAGGGAAACCCAUGACCUUGACUCGAGCAGUUCUGGAAAAGACACUCAAGGUUGGAUCCAUGAUUCUUCAGGAUCCCUUUGUCCUAGAUCACAACAUUACACAGAAUGUUAAUUCAACAAUGGUCAUCAAAAUAAUCAAAGAAAUGAAUCUUGCCGAGGCAAAAGCAGUGCGCUGGUUUGAUGUGGCUUAUGCAGAGACAAAAAGCAUUAUGGACAUACUAGGUAAUGAAAUACCUGAGGGAUUUGAGGUUAAGAAAAUUAAACUUAAGAAUCCUAUGUCAGAGGAGCUUGGUCCUUAUCAAAUGCUCAUCAGAAUGAAUUUGGACAAGCUUUCCCGACCAGACAUACAGGCUUUGGAGGCCUCGGGAAACAUGAGGCUCAGCUGGUGUAAAAAGAUGAUGGUGUUCUUAUACCGCCUGAUAGAGAGAAGUCUGAUGUUUGACUGUGAUUUGGCAGAUGUUACCCUCCCAGUUAACCUGAAAUCUUCUAGAAACUACUCCAUCUACAGAAGUGUAAGCAAACCAAUCCGCCCUGCAGCUAUGAAUGAGGAGGAACAGGAAUCACAAGAAUAUACAGAGGAUAACCAGGAAGAUGGGGGAGAUCAGAUGACUGGUGAAACCAGUCAAGCACCUGAAGGAAACUUGUCAGAGGGUCAGAAUAGACCAAGCACAUCAGAGGAGUACCAUCAGUCUUCUGAUUAUGGGAAUUCAGCAUCAGGGUCAACAAUGUAUGAUAAUUCAGCAGAUGAUGAAGAGUACAAAGAUAAUCAGGGCUGGGCACCUGCAGGGAAAGGUCCCACAUCUUCCACCACUGUUGACGGAACAGAAUUAGUUCCAGUGGUGGAUCCCAUGGAUGAAGAUGAGGAGGAAGAGGAGGAACGGAGGAAGCAGGAGGAAGAGGAAAGGCUAGCAGAGGAAGAAGAUAGACAGAACGAUCCUUCGUACAUCCAGUAUGAUUUCCAAGACUCGGAGUACCACAUUGACAUGGAUGUUAAGGUAAUGUGCAGGAUUUGGGUGGAGAGAAAAAAUGUGAUGAAAGAGCUGAAGGAAAGAGGAUUUAGAGAGAAUCUACAGUUAGAACAGACUGUCUCUGAGAGGCUGUUCUAUGAAGUCCAUGGUCCCAUGAAAUGGCCUGUCACACAGUUCCGCUGUGUGCUGCGUUCCAUUGUAACAGACAAUGGAGCCUCUGUAUUGCUGGACUGUAUGGCUGAUCCCCGACAGAAGGAGUAUGAUUGUAUUUUUCACUACAUGAAAAAAUUCAUAAUCAAGAGUGUCGAUAAGUUCUUUUAUGCAUAGACUGGCAGAAAAGAGGAACAUGAUGAAAACAAUGUUUUUUGUUGUUCAAAUUUUUGUUGUGGUUCAUUGAUUUUCACAGUUGUAAAAUAUUUUUUAACAUUGUGUCUGGUAAAUGUAUGAUAUUGCAUUGUUUAUACAUGUAAUAUUGAGAUUGUCCAUUGUACACAAUACUGAGAAAAAAAUUAUUGUUUUUGAUAUACAUGUAGGUAUGUGUAGAUAACAUCUAGAUUCACCUUUCUGUUUCAGUUUUCACUAGUAGUACAGUGUAUUUUUAGUAUAGAUAUAUACACUGAAUGUUUGUGAUUAGUACAUUAUUGACAGAGUACUUUAUCUUUGUUUUUGUAUAGUUACCAAGGAAAUAGCAAUUCACCUUAGUGAAGGUAUACAAGUUGAACUGUGUGAGAGAACUGCAUUCUAGUGUGAAGUAAAAUAUGUUGAAACCAGUACUAAAUAUGUCCAGUGCUAGCAAUUGUUGAAGGCAUAGUUUAUUUGAAGUACAUGUACAUGUAUUAAUUUCAUCGAAAUUUUGACUGAAAUUGUACUUGGGUUAAUUUAAUAGUUAAAAAUUUUAAAUUGACAUGAAAGUUUUGUUUUUUAAUUAUUUGAUUUGAACAAAUUGUAAUAAAGAGUUAUUGCAAUUUAGAA